AGCCAUGGGGCCGUCCAGGUCUACGACGGCUUCGCGAUGGUUGGCUCAUAUCCCCUGGGCGCAAACCAAUGGAGCAGUGGGUCCAGAGCUUUCAGGCUCAAAGCAAUGUGGACACGCAGAAAAUCGCCUCUAUGGUUCAUGCACCCGAUCUAUGCCCCCAAAAUGCUAUCCAGAUGA